GAUCAAGAUGGUGGGAGGUUGAUGUCAGAUAUCAGUUUCAGCUAGCUUUUACCCUGCAGACGUGGGGUUGUCGGAUUUAAAGCUCACAACAGCAAUGGCAUAUCGGUGUACAUCUUUGUGGUAAACCUUCAUAUCCUACCAUGAAGCCUACCGUGGACUUCAACGAGUGUCUGAAGGACUCGCCCAAAUUCAGGGCAUCCUUGGAAGAAGCAGAGGCAGAUAUUGAAAUGUUGGAGGCCAAGUUAGAGAAGAUGGUGAAGCUGUGUAGUAUUAUGAUUGACACUGGUAAACAUUUCAGUCUGGCAACCAAAGGCUUUAUUACAGGAAUGGAUGACUUAGCUAAGUACUUUUCCAGCGACAAUCUUGUCAAGGAUGACCUGAAAGUGGCAGAAUGUUUGAAGAAGUUCUCCGAUGCUUUGAAUGAGAUUCAGCGGUACUAUAAUAUACUGAUGGACCAGGCUCACAGGUCCGUGUGUAAGAACCUCAACACCUUUAUUAAAACUGAUAUUAAGAAAGUGAAAGAAGCCAAACGUCAUUUUGAGAAGAUCAGUGAUGAGAUGGACAAUGCCUUGACCAGGAACUCUCAGGCCCCUAAGAGCAAACCUUCAGAGUGUGAAGAGGCCAACAAUCACCUGACUGUCAUGAGGAAAUGUUUCAGUCACACCUCACUUGAUUAUGUGUUUCAGAUAAAUGUAUUAUUAUCCAAGAAGCGAUUUGAUGUAUUAGAUACUAUGCUGUCCUUCAUGCAUGCUCAGAACACUUACUUCCACCAGGGGGAUGAUCUGUUUGGGGACCUUGACCCUUACAUGAAAUCUGUAGCUGCAGAGGUGGAGGAUUUAAGUGCCAAAGCAGCUGUAGAGAGGAAAGAGAUGGAAGAGAGGCAUACACUUGUACAGAAAAGGGAGAUGACAAUCUCGUCACCAGUACAGCCCCAGAAGCAGGCAGAAGACAAGGCACGAAUAGAGGGAUAUCUCUUUAAACGUACCAGUAAUGCCUUUAAGUCCUGGGUGAGGCGAUGGUUCAGCAUCCAGGAACGUAAGCUGGUGUACAGGAAGCGUACCAAGGACACCUGGACUGUGAUGGAGGAAGACCUGAGGUUGUGCACGGUCAAACCUGUCUACGACCUGGACAGGAGGUUCUGCUUUGAAGUUCUCUCACCUGCCCGGUCCCACAUGUUACAAGCUGACUCAGAGGCAGAAUGUCAGAUGUGGAUGACAGCCAUACAGGACGGGGUGAACCGUGCCUACAGAGAAACCUUAUCUGGGCAGGACACAGAGGAAGAGGCUGCAAAUGAUUCGAGUCAGCCUGGGGCACAGGCAGACAGUGUACAGGGAGAUAACUCUACCCUACAACCCAAACAAACCACAGCCCAAAGACGUAUGGAGUUGCUAUUCUCGUUGCCUGGCAACAGUCGAUGUUGUGAUUGUGGCUCCGCAGAACCCCGUUGGGCCAGUACAAACUUGGGCAUCACACUCUGUAUAGAAUGUUCAGGUUUUCACAGGAGCUUGGGGGUACACAUCUCUAAGGUGCGCUCUAUAACUUUGGACACCUGGGAACCGGAGCUCCUCAAGGUCAUGACAGAACUUGGCAAUGAUGUGGUCAACAAGAUCUAUGAGGCACGAGUGGACGAGUCAUUAGCAACUCGGGCAACAUCAGAUUGUAAACGGUCUGUCAGAGAGGCAUGGAUCAAAGCCAAGUAUGUUCAGAAGGCAUUUGUGUCAAAACUACCCGGUCCUUCAGACAAUAGGUCACCAGAGGGACGCAGGAUACGUGGCUGGAGCGUUUGCCGCAAAACACGGCGAUCUCCAGCAAGGUCGCUAUCCAAGGAAACAUCAGAGUCUGAGGAUGACAAGCUGGAUGUGACAAGUGGCUUGUUAGAAGCUGUCUUAUCUGUGUCAUCAGAUGGUACCGGCAAGGACAACGACAGCGGUAUAGGGGGCAGUGCUAACGAUAUGCUCGUCUUUGGUACGGGCUUGCUCAAGUCAGAUAUCAACCGCAGUCUGGAUUUAGAAAGCUCUGAGGACUCAUGUGAAGAUGAAGUGGAUGAUAUGAAAUCUACGACAUCUUGGGAGGAUGUGAGUAAGCUGGACCCCAACACACUGCUGUUCAAAGCCGCGCAGGCGCGUAACCUUCCUGUGAUGCUGGAGGCACUGGCCCACGGUGCUGAUCCUAACUGGGUGAAUGAGGACGACGAGGGUAAAACACCUCUCAUCAAGGCUGUUGAGACAGGUUCCCUAGCAGCCUGUGAGUUCCUGUUGUUGAACCUUGCUAAGCUGGACAGGAAGGACAAGUAUGGACAAACACCAUUACACCACGCCACACUGCUGGGUCACACUGGUCAGGUGUGUCAGUUUCUGAAGAGAGGUGCCAAUCAACAAGCUCUGGAUAACAAAGGCAGGAACCCUUUGACGAUAGCUGUGUCUACUGCUAAUGCUGAUAUUGUUACACUGUUAAGAUUAGCCAAACUGAAUCAGGAGAUGAAAGAAUCAGACGUAUUAGGAAAUCCAGGUGAUGACACAUUUAAUGAUGUGUUUCGAGACUUUUCCAACAUGGCUUCCAAUUACCCAGAGAAGUUAGUAAGGAAAUGACAGGCCCUCCACAGUGCAGAUGUACUACGUACUGCUCAUACUCAGAAAUGACAGCACUGGAGUUAAGAACACCUAAGUUACAAAUUGUUAUUAUUCUCUUGUGAUGAGUGGUGUUCAUAAGUUGAGUGAAAACCUUAAUAUAUUUGACGUGUAUUGUAUACAUGUAUCUCUCCUGAAGAAAAAAAAAAAAAAAAAGAGACCAACAUGCUUGUGUACUACAUGUAGUUCCUGAUAUAAAGUUUGUUUUGAAACUGUUUGUUUGCAAGUUCCUGUCAAUAGUACCAAUGAUUAUGGCUUAACACCAGAUCAACAAUAUUCUUGUCAGUAGAGAGGUUGAAGUUGUUUACAUGGAAGUAAAGCCUUGCGAGGUACAUGUACACACAAGCACUAAUGUGAGUAGAUCUUGUCAAAGACAUCGGCUUCUGGUCCCACAUAACCCACCUGUCAAUUAUAUCCAGGAUGUGGCUGUGUAUCAGAUGCAUCCUUUAACAAAUAUUAAAACAUGAAGGAGUUUUUGUAACCACAUGCCCAUCUGACUUAUGAUGGAUGUUUAUGUGGAAUUGUAUGAAGUGAUAUGUCACAUAGCACUGUGCAGCUCUGAGAGUGAGAUGAUUAUCUCCUGAAGUACGGCUUCAUUCAUCUGGCAUUAAAUUAUCGUAUUUUUCCCCCCAUUUGUGUACAGGAUUAAAUGCAUCAUUGAAUGCAUCACUUGGUAUCAUACCUUCUUGCUGGAUCAAAGGAGUUUUUAAAAAUCGCAGUUAAAAAAGGUUAAGUUUGGGUCACUUGGUAAUAUUGUGCUCCAGAUUUGCAGGUGUAAGUCUGUGUCUUAUACAUACAUGAAAUAGGCUGGUAUAUGAGUUGCGAUGUUAAAGUGUUUGCAUUUAGAUGUGUGUACACUAUAUUUAAUGUGUGAUACUGGUUUCAGCUUCAGAUUGUGGGUGAGACAACAUCAGCUUGUGCUAUUUCAUCAUUUUGUUGUCCAUGAAGCAUGCAUUAUUCUUAGGCAGUUGUGUGUGUCUUAUGUCACUUACCCUAUUUCCUCAACCUUUUCGCAUAUGCAAGAGCAACUUUCAGCACUUUUAAUUCACAUAUUUAAUUUGAUUUUGGAAAGAAAAUUACACUGGUUGGGUAGGCUUGGCCAAUUUAAGAGCUUCACAAAAAGUAUAAUGUUAUAAGUCCCCAGAACAUGCGUAAAUAAACAUCUCGCAAACAUGCGAAAAGGUUGAAGAAUCACAGUACUGGCAUCACCAUGGAUGCACUGACAUAUGUGUAUUGGAUAGUAGAUACACUUGAUGAAGGCCUUACAUAUGUGCAUAGUAGUGAGUGUCCCAACUACACUAGACUCUACACUAUGGUCCAGGAUUUGUUUCUUGUUGCUGCUGAAAUAUGAUUUGCUAGUUGAUGUAUCACAUUAACUGCGUGGGUGUUGAUAUAGUUAAGUGAAUGUCACUUGUUGCGUCUACCCUUUGACAUGAACAUAUGUACAUGUACAUGCAAGUUAACCAUGGAAUCAGUUUGCUCAGCUGCUUUAAGCGUGUCUCUGUGAGACGACAUAUAUUUUAGUGUGAUUGUUUAAUAGAAUUGUACAUCUUUUAAAUUGUGACUAUAAAAACCCAACUGCUAGUCAUUGCUCUUGCCUUGUUGCUUUAAAAAUUUUCAUUCGUUUGAUGAGUUUGUUUUAUGGUGAUUUUGAGCUCAAAUUGUUUGUGUGCUAUGUGGUUUAUUAAUUACAAUACAGGAGGAGGAUUUUUGUUAAUAUAAUCUAAAUAAUUAUGUACGGUAUAAAGAUGUACAUUUACCUUUUUAUUGGAAAUAUCUUGUCAAAAUAAUAUGACCAAUUAAAUUUUCAAACACAUUGGGCAAGCACAAAUAUGAUAGAAAAGUUUUCAAUCAUUAUUUUCCUUAAACUGGACUUUAAAAGUAUGAAGGUUUGUGGUUCAGAAAGUCUUGGGCCCAGUUUCAAGAAGCUCACUUAGCCAAGUAUGAACUUAAGUACCAUGGCAACAUAUGUUGUACAGAUAUAAAGUACACUUAGCUAAGGACAACACUAAGUAAGUUUCAUGAAUCAGGCCGCUAGUUUAGUGUUUUUCUCAUUGGUCAAAGAUAAUGGGGUGGAGAUAAUUUUGUCUCCAGGCUGAGCAUUAGACAGAACUUGAUUAUUGGUAUCAAAUUGUUCAUAGUUUAAUGCUACUGUAUGACUGGCUAUAAGCUUACUGUUUUCAAAAGUUUGCUACAGCAUCUCCAGAUGAGAUUUUCAAGAUCUAUUAAGUACGGUAAAUUUACGUCUUUACUUGUAAUCUUAAAAUUACAAGUGGUUCAGGAAGUCUUUUAAGUGAAUACUACUGUUAAUCAAAACAUCUUGCCACAAACAGCAAAAUCUACUGGACAAAAAAUGUAAAAAAUAACAAAAUAACCAACAAAAAAAAUUGAAAGAAAAGGAGUAUAUGUUAGAACAAAUACAGGUAUUGACUCUGCAUACAAAUAGAUGUAUGUAAGCAUUCUGUUUGAAACUGUUUUACACAACUUCAUAAGCCUUCAUAUUUGCUGAGACAAACACAUGAAAUUAUUUUUCUAUUAUUUUUAAGAAUCAUGUAAUUGAAAGUGAAUAUAUGUUCACAUUGCUAUGUUCUUAAUGCAACAUGUAGAUUUUGUGUACGAGGUAUUCUUUAUUCCUAUGGUGAGUUAAACCAUUCCACCUGAGUUGUAGUUUUACACAUUCAUAGAAUUUUAUGUUUUCUGGAAUUCUACCAUGAACUGAAUUUUUUUUCUGAUAACUUACUUUAAUAAAGUGUUACAUUGCAUUUUUCUUCUCAUGUCACAAGUCCCCAUUAAGAUAGAUACUCGUUCCAAAACCCCACUUGAACAUGUUUUACUGUUGAUUGCAUUUUCAAUAAAAACAGCACUUUAAAGGAUUGAUACAACCACUUGUGACAUAAACACACGUGUCUUCAGUGGUUUGAUGAUAAUAAUGUGUUGAAUGGAGCUGUUAUGGGAAUACUGCAUAUGACGUUAAACUGGCUAUAUUACCUACAGGUAGCUGCAGAGGCCAAGAACUUGUAAUAGUCAGAAUAUACAUUUAAAAGCUGUGGUGGUUUUGUAUUCUGAAUGCUGUAAUACUCACUCAUUGUUAACAUUUGUAAUACAAGUUAUACACAAAUGUUUUAUUUUUACAUUUUAUGAUGAAAGACACCAGAUAUGGGGUAUUUAUUUUUAGCAUUUCAAACCAAUAUUUCUUUUUUCCUCAGUUUUUAUGUUACACUUCUUACCAUUUUUGGUUGCAUUGUAUCAUCAAUACAGCUGAAAAUUAUUUUCUUAACUGUUCGUGCUUUUCUAGCAAUUUCUAUUUUUGAGUCUGAUUUUGUUUUUCAUGUAUCUUUCAUGGGAAACCCAUAGCCAUGAGAACACAAUGUAUUCUGCAGCUCUUAUACAUGACUUUAGAGUGCGUGUAUGAUGGAGAAGUAUCAUCAGGAGUGUAGUACAGGCAGCACCCUGCUUCUGUUUUAUGGGCUUCCACAAAAGCUGACAUCAUGUGGUUUAAGAACGAUUUGAAACUGGUUCUAAGACUUGUCAUUCUUCUAAAUUCUCUGAUAUGUGGAAUGGAAGCAUUUGCAUGCAAACAUUAAAUAUUUUGUUUUGCCAGUAUUAUCCUCAAAAUACCCCAUCUUCAUGAGCAUGAUUUUGGAACGUUGUGGUUAUACCUUACCAUGAAAUUUGUUGGUUGUGAGAGGACUCCAUGCAUAUAUUUCAGUUGUAGCCUGAAACCUGCUUUUAUAGUAGUAGUUCUCUGCUCAGGUUAGCACUCUCUGUGUUAUGGUUAAUAGCUAUUACUUAUAUGGAAUUUUGUCUUGUGCAAUGCCAAGAAGAGCAUGUACACUAUGGUGCCAUGUUAUUUUGAGUUCGUCCAGUGGAGGCGGCUCUGUAUUUUGAGAGUUCAGUGUCAUGGAAUGCGCUGUUUUUCUGGUGGCAGACAAAGAUCCCAUGGUUAUGAAUUGGAGAGACUGUGAGAUCUUUGUGGUAUGGAGGGUAUAAGCAAAGCUAGUAUACAGUUCUGGUAGAUUUUCUAUUAUGAGAUGAUUUUUGCAGGCUUCUUGGCUUUGUUAUUAUGGAUGGUGUAUAUAUAUAUAAUCUGUGUUUGGAAUUGAAACUGUGUGGUGGUGUGAUGUAUGAUUUUGGUGACUAUAAAAUUUGAACAGUCCAUCAUAAUAUAAAUACAGAUGUCUGAGAAUAAUGGACUAGUGAAUGAUUACUAUGAUGAUGACUUACACAACCCCAAGAAAUGUACAUAGAAUAGAUAGAUGUGUAUUAUAUAUAGGAACAAAUCACACACUAGUAUAUGCACUUUCAGUGUAAAUAUUUGCAAAUUAAAAUAGUGUAUACGUAUUUGAAAGGAUUGUACAGGUGUCUAGCUUCUGCAUGCUUAUAUUAAGUUUAAGAGCCUGGAUAUGACCUUGCAUGCACAGGCAUAUCUUCAUGAACAGUUGGAAUGUUAACAUGGACUUAAUUAGGAGCAAAAAUUGAUAAGUACUUGUGCUAGAGGCUGUUAGGCUGCAGUGCUGUUACUUUUGUAUAAGAAUAUAGUGAUGGCAAAGACAUUACCAGUCUCUGCAUGUGUUUUCCCUGAUAUUAUUGCUCAUGAUCUUGAUGAUCUGACUGUAAAUCCUGGCUGACUUAGUCAUCCUAUUCUGCUAUAAAUCCCCUUUGUAAUUGUACAUAGGCUUCUCAUCCCAGGUUUUAUCGCAUUUGGUCUGGUGUACCAUAGCGUAAUGUGGUGCUUGAAACUAAUAUAUGUCAUUCUUGUUCCACAUUAACUUUUCACAGCUGAUUAUGUGCUGUCAGUUUUCCUUGUUCUACAAAAACUCUUCUGUUAUAGAGAGAAAUAAAACCGAUGAUGACUUUCA